AUGUACUCUAGUGUGUAUUCGUUAGACGGAGAGCUGUCUGAUGACCAGAAGGUGUUUUCGGAGUGUAACCAGACAGGACCUCUGGGCUUCCAGGACUGUCUCCCAGCAGCCAGGAUGAAGCUCUGUAGGAAGAUCGGAGAGGGGACCUUCGGAGAGGUCUUCAGUACCACCAACACCUCUGGAGACGCCGUCGCUCUCAAGAUUAUCCCAGUAGAAGGAUGUGACCAGGUGAAUGGAGAGGAACAGAAAACCUUUGGAGAAAUCCUCCACGAGAUAAUCAUCUCCAAGGAGCUGAGCAGUCUAAAGGAGAAGAAACGCAACCAGACCACUGGCUUCAUCGGACUGAAGGAUCUCCACUGUGUGCAGGGCUGCUACCCUCCAAGCCUGCUAAAAGCCUGGGACUCCUUCAACACACAGAGAGGAUCAGAGAAUGACCGGCCAGAUUUCUUCAAUGACGAGCAGCUGUUUCUGAUCCUGGUUGAGUUUGGAGGCAGUGACCUGGAGAACAGUAAUGGACAGCUGGCGUCGGUGAUGGUGGCUAAGAGUAUCCUCCAUCAGGUGACUGCUGCUCUGGCUGUGGCUGAACAGGAGCUCUGCUUUGAACACAGAGACCUCCACUGGGGUAAUGUAUUGGUCCAGUCCACUAAGGAGAAGGAGGGGAGUUUCCUCCUCAAUGGGACAAACCAUUCCUUAGAGACCAGGGGGGUGAGCGUACGCAUCAUCGACUACUCCCUCUCCAGGCUCGAGAUAGAUGGUCUCACCGUGUCCUGUGACAUCUCAGAGGAUGAGGAGUUGUUCCAGGGCCAUGGAGACCUGCAGUUUGACAUCUACAGACUCAUGAGACAGGAGAACGGUAACAAGUGGGGUGACUACCAGCCCCACUCCAAUGUGUUGUGGCUCCACUACCUGAGCUCCAAGCUGCUGACUAUAACCUAUAAGAGUCGAGGGGGGCGGGGCGUCAAGCAGGCCCGGUUGGACCUGCAGCGUUUCCACGACGAUGUCCUCACCUUCCGAUCUGCCUCUGACAUACUGUACAACUGUGGCCUGUUCCAAUGAGAAAGGGAGUGUGUGUGUACUGCCAAGCGGUUAGCAGGAUGCCAAGUGGUUAGCAGGAUGCUAAGUGGUUAGCGGGAUGCUAAGUGGUUAGCGGGAUGCUAAGUGGUUAGCGGGAUGCUAAGUGGUUAGCGGGAUGCUAAGUGGUUAGCGGGAUGCUAAGUGGUUAGCAGGAUGCCAAGUGGCUUUAGCAGGAUGCCAAGUGGCUUUAGCAGGAUGCCAAGUGGCUUUAGCAGGAUGCCAAGUGGCUUUAGCAGGAUGCCAAGUGGCUUUAGCAGGAUGCCAAGUGGCUUUAGCAGGAAGCCAAGUGGCUUUAGCAGGAAGCUAAGUGGCUUUAGCAGGAUGCCAAGUGGCUUUAGCAGGAUGCCAAGUGGCUUUAGCAGGAUGCCAAGUGGCUUUAGCAGGAAGCCAAGUGGCUUUAGCAGGAAGCUAAGUGGCUUUAGCAGGAUGCCAAGUGGCUUUAGCAGGAAGCCAAGUGGCUUUAGCAGGAAGCUAAGUGGCUUUAGCAGGAUGCUAAGUGGUUAGCCCUAGCAGUAGGCUAUAGUACUGUGUUGGAUCCAGUCGUAACAUUUUUUGUAGGUGAACUCUUCUUGUGAACAAUAUUUAUAAACCCACAAGACUGUAAUGGCUUUGUAUUCUAAAAUUAAAAAGGGGUUUCGUUAUUAAA